UGAAAGCUGUUUAGUUGCCGAUCCGAGUGGGCCGUAUUUUCUUCUGCUUUUUCUUCCAGUUACCCCCCCUUCUGAUCCACCGUCCCUGUCUCGCCGGCGACGAACGCCGUCGUUUCCGUCCGCCACUGGCGAGGAUCCAUUGGGGAGUUGAAAUAUUUAUGGGCAUAAGUUUGCUUAAAUCUUGUGAAUCGUCCACCUAAAAUGGUAAAAUGUUGAAGCGAUGUUAAAUCUGAAUGAGUCAACCAAGUAAAUGCUUGGACUUAGAAGUGUAGGUGAAGUAGGAGUCUGGAGUGGAUGAUGAAAUUCCCCAAGCGUUACUUGAUUGUUGUUUUGACCUUUGUCUGCACAUCAGUGUGUUACAUAGAGAGAGUUGGAUUUUCAAUUGCAUAUACUGUUGCUGCUGAUGCUGCUGGCGUGAAUCAAUCUAGCAAGGGUGCUAUACUAUCUACUUUCUACUAUGGAUAUGCUUGUUCGCAAGUGCCAGGAGGAUGGGCUGCUCAGAAAAUUGGAGGGAGGACAGUUCUCCUUCUUUCAUUUGUAUCAUGGUCACUAACUUGUGCACUGCUUCCAUUAGAUCCAAAUCGAGUUUUUGUGUUAAUAAUUGCACGAUUGCUAGUUGGUGUGGCACAAGGAUUCAUCUUUCCCUCCAUCCACACUGUUCUAGCACAAUGGGUUCCUCCCCAUGAAAGAUCUAGAUCUGUUUCUCUUACAACUUCUGGGAUGUAUCUAGGUGCAGCAAUGGGGAUGCUUGUCCUUCCCAGUCUAGUGAAGCUUAGAGGUCCUGAAUCUAUAUUUGUUGCUGAGGCAGCAAUGGGUGGUUUGUGGUCUUUACUUUGGUUUACAUAUGGAAGUGAUCCUCCUCGAAUUGAGCAUCCAAAAGCCACGGCUUCUGGCUUUGGGGAAUUGUUGUUGCCCAUCAAAGGGAAGCUGAGAUCAAAGGUUGAGAAUGCAAGAAUUUCAGUCAGAACUGCCAAAAUCCCUUGGGUGAAAAUCCUAACUAGCUUGCCAAUCUGGGCAAUUGUUGUGAACAAUUUCACUUUUCAUUAUGGUUUAUAUGUGUUGAUGAAUUGGCUACCAACAUACUUUGAACUAGGCCUUAAACUUAGCCUUCAAGAUAUGGGUUCUUCAAAAAUGAUGCCUUAUCUGAACAUGUUCAUAUUCUCAAACAUUGGUGGUGUAGUUGCUGAUUAUUUAAUCACCAAGAGGAUAAUGUCUGUGACAAAAACCAGGAAAUUCUUGAACACCAUAGGAUUUUUAGUUGCUUCUCUUGCGUUGAUUGUAAUUCCCAUAUUCAGAACAUCUGGUGGUGCUGUGUUCUGUUCUUCUGUGGCUCUCGGUUUUCUGGCUCUAGGAAGAGCUGGGUUUGCAGUGAAUCACAUGGAUGUGGCUCCAAGAUAUGCUGGAAUAGUGAUGGGUGUUUCUAAUACUGCCGGAACCUUAGCCGGCAUUGUUGGAGUGGACCUUACCGGCAGGCUCCUUGAAGCUGCUAAAACUGCUAAUUCAGAUCUUACAGGUCCUGAAAGCUGGAGAGCAGUGUUCUUCAUUCCUGGCUUGCUAUGCUUUUUUAGUUCUUUGAUAUUCUUACAAUUUUCAACUGGGGAGAGAAUUUUUGACUGAGGAAGGUUGCUCUCACUUGAUGAUCUCUGGCUCAUUGAAGUGUUUUUGAUUAAACAUGCACUAGAUUUGUUAUGUUAUUCAUAGAGAUUUAAUUUUAUUUUUUCAGUUAUUUCCCCAGAUUGUAUCAUCAUUCUUGGAUAGGGGGGUUUCAAUUAUCUGGAGAUUGAAGCUUUAUACAUUUCUCCAACUUGUAUUGUAUACAUAAUCAAUCAUAAAUGAAGAUUAGGAGCCUUGAUGGGCAAUGACAGAGCUA